GAGAUGUACUCGCUGGAUCUUCUUUCAGGCAUCGAACUUGUAAAGCGCCGGAAUCUGUUACUGAUAAAUUGAAUAUCUCUAUUUCCCUCGUGCAAGCCUCAAUUCCCGAAGAGCCCCCAGACGUUAUCCGCCCGCCCACUCGUUCCCCAUCAUCUUCCCUCCACCCCCCCGCGCAUUCCGAUCGUCCACUCAUCUCUUCUUCGCUUCAAUCUCUUCUCCUUACCUCCGGUGAUACGUCUACAGCAUUCGUCUUUGUUCUCAACCGCCAAUGCUCCGUCAUUCAUGAGUGUGUAUCCGGCCAAACGAGUCUCUGCCCGAGCCCGGGCUCUGGCCGACAGUUGUCGUCUUCUGGGGCUUUCUCGCCGUCAAUAUGCAAAUCCAUGUGUCUCCCUGACUGGAUCCAAGCGACCAGAAUUCCACGAUUACUUUGUCACCCACCUGCCGUCGUCAUCUUUACAUCCCGACCCUCGAAGCCCGCUGACCCCUUUCCAUAAAUUGCCUCGCGCCGCGUCGGUGCCCCAUACUGGCGAUACAUCCCAUUCACCUACCACUAUUCAGCCUUUGAUCGACCGAGAUACCACCGUCGUCCGUAUCCCGCUCCGCAAUGCAAAGCACCACUUUGGCGCCCACACGUCGCGAGGCCAGCGGCCGUCUAACGAGGACACAUAUCAGGCCGGAGUCAUCGAUAUACCUGCCUUUGCGAAGCGCCCGCCAGCAUCCCUGACGAUCAAACGAUUAGCGGCAGGUAAUUCCGAGCCUGCACCCCGUGAAAACCGCGGUGCCGACAACGCCAGUGGAGAUCCUCAAGUAUUUUACUUCGGGAUCUUCGACGGUCAUGGCGGUGCAGAAUGUAGCAACUUUUUGAAAGAAACUUUGCAUGAAGCUAUUCAAGAUACCGCGGCCGCAUUCGAGCUCCAGUCCAGUUUGCGGCGUGGAUCCCAGGGGCAGAUCCCCAGAGGCGCAGAGCCGUCCACUGGCGAAUUGCCGAUCUUCCAAAGAGGGAACUGCGAACGCGCUGCCAAGCUUGAGAAGAUUCUAUUGCAGAAUUGGCGGACCCUCGUCGGAGGCUAUUUCAAGCGGUUUGCGCCGGCUCACUUCGCGCAUACGCGCAGGGAGGGUUCUUCGGGUGUUACCAUCGAGGAGAUCUUGGAGUAUGCCUUCCUGCGUACCGAUUUAGAAUUCGUCUCGGCGCAGGCAGCCAAGCAGGAUGAUGACCCUACCCGAGUCAGCCAACCCAUGUUUCAAGAUGAUAUUUUGUACGGGCCCGAAAACGGCCCAGCGCUGAGUAUAGGUGGUGCCAAUCGCUUCAAGGGCGGAAGUACCGCGAGUGUGGCCCUCAUUUCCACACCCACGCCAGCUCCUUUUUGGCACCCAGGAGCCCCGUCUAGUCUGCUUGUAUCGCACGUCGGCGACACGCGCAUCCUACUGUGCUCAACCGAAACUGGCCAAGCAAUCCCCCUGACGUCUAAUCACCAUCCCUCGUCGCCGAUAGAGGCCAGUCGACUUCGUCGCUAUGCCACUAGUUUUGUUACAGAUUCCUUCGGAGAGGAGCGCAUGAGUGGGCUGGCCAACACGCGAGCCUUCGGGGAUAUGCAAUCCAAGCGCAUUGGCGUGUCGGCUGAGCCGGAAAUUCGUCGGGUCGAGAUGGGCCCGGCCGAAUAUUCCUUCUUGGUGUUGAUGUCAGACGGCAUCAGCGGCACGCUACCUGAUCAGGAAGUAGUAGAUAUUAUCAAGGAAGCCAAGACCCCAGAUCAGGGAGCUCGUGAUGUUGUCAGCUUCGCGACUGAAGUGACGCGCGACGGCGACAACGCUACCUGCCUUGUCGUUCGCUUAGGCGGCUGGGAACGACGACUGGAAGGAGGCUUAGGCAGCAUGGGCACAAAGGAGGCGCGCGACUGGCGGCGACAGGAAGCGACCGAUCCUCGGCGGUCCCGACGUUGAUAAAGAUGAUGAUGAUAACCAUGCUCGUAGACCUUGAUAGAGCGCAGAAAGAAGAUGUGGUCUUGUAUAUAGUUUUUUUCGAUUCUGAUCCGUCCGAUUAUUGGGUCGAGUUGGCGC